AUGUUGGUGUCUAAGGUUUUAUCGAGAUUUUCUCGGAGCGCGGGCUUGCGCUCGUCUCUCUCCUCCGUCACUACUCCGACGAGGAGUCAAAUGAUUCCGAUUGCUUCCAGCCGAUUUCACUCCCUCGUUAACGGAAUUCCCAAUAAGCUUGUUGCAGCUCCAGUGUCGCUCCUAAACCAUGCGACUCUAGAUUUGAAUGUCACUCAAAGGUUCAGCUUUUUUUCAUCUGCGAAGGAAAAAGAGACAAAGACUGAGGCCCCAAAGAACAGCGAAGCUUCUGAGGAUGUGGAAGCUGGGAAAGCUACAGAGACUGAUUUUGAGGAUUUGUCAAGGGACGAUUUGGUGAAGCUUGUGGCUGAGAAGGAAGAUCUAUUGACGGCUCAGCAGGAAGAUAUAAAGGAAAUGAAAGAUAAAGUUCUUCGCACUUAUGCUGAGAUGGAGAAUCUUAUGGACAGGACAAAACGUAAUGCUGAAAACGCCAAAAAGUUCGCCAUACAGAACUUUGCAACAAGCCUUUUGGAUGUAGCUGAUAAUCUCGGAAGAGCUUCCUCAGUUGUCAAGGAGAGUUUCUCGAAGAUUGACACUUCAAAAGAUUCGGCUGGUGCUGCUCCACUGCUAAAAACCCUUUUAGCAGGAGUGGAGAUGACUGAGAAACAAUUAGCUGAGGUAUUUAAGAAAUCUGGUUUGGUGAAAGAAGAUCCUUUAAAUGAACCGUUUGAUCCAAACAGACAUAACGCUGUGUUCCAAGUGCCAGAUGCUUCCAAGCCAGUAGGCACAAUUGCUCAUGUCCUCAAGUCUGGAUACACGUUGUUUGAUCGAGUGAUAAGACCAGCUGAGGUUGGUGUUACUUGCGCCGUGGAGAAUCAAGAAAGCGAGAAAGAGUCUGAAGCUUGA